AUGUAUACGUGGGUUAUUGUUGCCAUUUGCCAUUUAUAUUUCAUCGAACCAGUCAUUCUGUAUCACGUAAAACAUAUAACACCAAAUCAGUUUAAUACAUUUGAGUACACGAAUCUGACGUUCUCUCACGCGGAGAGUCCGGUAUGGGACCCCGACAUCGAGACCUUGUACUGGGUGGACGUGCUACAACAAGACGUGCACUCUCUGGACUACAAAACCAAGCAACAUAAGGUUAAACAUAUUAACUACGGCGAGGUGAACAUAGUAAUUCCAAUAAAGAACAGCAGUCGACUAUUAGUUGGCGUCAGGAACGAGUUACACAUAAUGGACUGGAGUUUGCCUGGGGACUCUGCCCUGAGGUUCGUGGCGGCUUUUGACCAAGGCUUGCCUGAUAACAUUCUGAACGAAGGGAUCGUCGACGCUAUGGGCAGAUUUUGGGGAGGAACAAAAGGUCAUCAGCACGGCAAUGAUGUGGUGUACGACGAGGGUGCGCUGUACAGUCUGGAGCCGCCUCACUUCGUGCCACAGAUCCGACUGAAGCCGGUGUCCAUAUCGAACGGACUCGUCUGGUCACUGAACAACACCAUAAUGUAUUAUAUCGACUCGCUCUCACGGAGAAUUGAAGCAUUUGAUUUUAAUUUAGAAAGAGGACACAUAAGCAGGCGUCGCACGAUCCUGGAAUUAGACGAAUAUUGGGAUGACGAGGUUAUAGCAGACGGAAUGACUAUCGACAAGGAUGGAUUCAUUUGGAUAGCUCUUAUGUUCCAUGGCUGCAUAGUACGCAUCAACCCUGACAAGAGGACAAUAGUGGAACGCUACAAGCUGCCUGUUACUUUAACAACGUCAUUAACCUGGGGCGGGCCCAAGCUGGAUGACCUGAUCGUCACCACUUCCAGAAGGAAUAUGAGCCCCGAAACAUUAAAGCAACAACCACUGGCCGGCUCCGUCUUCAUUCUACAUAAUAUGGGCACUUCUGGUGUCAGAGAAUACAAAUUCGUUUUUACUAACGCUGAUACUUAUAAAUAA